AUGAUAGUGAAUUAUAUGAGUGACAGAUGGAUAACCUAUGAUACGGAAACAUGGUCGAUGUGCGAGCAAAUGACUUGCGGCGCACCACAGGGAUCGAGGAUAGGCCCUCUUCUCUGGAACGUUAUGUAUGAUGAUUUCCUACGAAUGGAACUCCCAGAAGACACAUCUAUUGUUGGCUUCGCUGACGAUGCAAUUAUUGUCUCCGCUGCCGCCAGUGUAGAAGUACUAGGAAUAAAAGUAAAUGUUAGUCUGUCAAGAGCAAGGUGUUGGAUGGAGUGCAGAGGCCUGCAAAUGGCACUAGACAAGUCUGAGGCUUUGCUCGUUACCGAUAGGAGAUCGUACCAAAAUCCCGCUAUCGAGAUAGAUGGCUACCGCCUAGAGUGGAAAAGGUACAUUUCCUUCUCUCUAAACAAAAAAAAUGAUAAUAAUGAUAAUAAUGAUAAUAAUAAUGAUAAUAAUGAUAAUAAUGAUAAUAAUGAUAAUAAUGAUAAUAAUGAUAAUAAUGAUAAUAAUGAUAAUAAUGAUAAUAAUGAUAAUAAUGAUAAUAAUGAUAAUAAUGAUAAUAAUGAUAAUAAUGAUAAUAAUGAUAAUAAUGAUAAUAAUGAUAAUAAUGAUAAUAAUGAUAAUAAUGAUAAUAAUGGUAAUAAUGAUAAUAAUGAUAAUAAUGAUAAUAAUGAUAAUAAUGGUAAUAAUGAUAAUAAUGAUAAUAAUGAUAAUAAUGAUAAUAAUGGUGCAGAUAACUGUCUUAUUACGGAAUCUGCGUAUGCUGGUGCAGUAGUCAAUGUACAGGAUGUGCGAGCCCCUUUGCCUGAUACAGCUGUUGCUUCCAGCAACCACCCUGCAGAGGACCCUAUAGAAGUUGGAUUUAAUUUUGUACAAACAGAUCCAUCAGUAGUACUUCUUGAUACACCUCAUGACAUUACGAAUACGGAAGGAAAUUUCUCAGACGACUCGGAUAUUGAUCCUAUUUAUGUACCCGAAGAAACAACAGAUUCUGAUUCAUCUAUUGUGCCAUUUAUACCUCAUGAAACCAAAAACCGAAUUCAGGUGCCUAAAAAGCGUAAGAUAACGCCCAAAGAAAGGAAAGGCAGAAAACGUGUAAAAAAUACAAAUGAGUGGAUUGAUGUUCGAGCUAAGAAGGAAUUAAACUUGGGCAUCGAACAUAAAAACCGGAAAGGUACAAUUAUUCCCGCCAAACAGAUAAAGAAUCCAUGUAAAGAAAGCUGCAGAAAUAAAUGUCGUCAAAAAAUAAGUGAGGAAGAGAGAAAAGCAUUGUUCGAGGAGUUUUGGAAAAUAGGUGAUCAUUCUAGAUGGGAUUACAUAGUUAGGUAUGUCAAAACAGUGGAGAAGAAGCACGUAAAACGGACAGAUAGCAAAUCAAGACGAAAUCAUUCUAGAACAUACCAGCUUCUUGUCAACAACAAGGAAAUAACGGUUUGUAAAACUAUGUUCCUGAACACCUAUGGAAUAUCAGAGCAGUGGGUGACGACUGCUCUAGGAAAAAUUGGAGAAACUGGCACUCUUGAAGAAGAUCGUCGAGGGAAGCACCUGACAAGACCAAAUAAAAUUGACGGAGGUGUCUUAAAUGGGAUAAGAGAGCACAUUCAACUCUUUCCUGUGGUGCCUUCCCACUAUACCAGGAAAAAAUCAACAAAGAUGUACUUAGAGGAUGGUCUCAACAUUUCAAUUAUGCAUCGCCUCUACUUAAAGUACAUGGAACAGAGAAAUGCUACAGAAGUAGAAACUUUAAGACAAUACAGAGAAGUUAUCAAUGCCGAGUUCAAUUUAGCAUUCCAUAAACCAAAGAAGGCCCAAUGCAGUCUCUGUGUAGCCUAUCAACUAGCAACUUCGCCAGAUAAGCAGAAAAUACAAGAGAAGUAUGAAAAACACGUUUCUAAUAAGAAAGCUGCUAGAGCUUUAAAAGAUGAAGAUAAAGAAACUGCAAUCAAUGACAAGACAAUUAGCGCAGCGUGCUUCGACUUACAAAAAGUUCUGGUGACACCCCAAUCUGCUGUAAGCGACUUCUAUUACAAAAGUAAACUCGCCACAUACAACUUUACCAUUUACGACAUGGGAAAUCAUGAAGGCUAUUGUUACGUUUCGCAUGAAGUAAUUGCGAAGAGAGGGCCAAACGAAAUAAGCAGCUGUAUUUUAAACUUUUUGAAAAAGCAAAAAGAGAAAGGGAUAAACAAAGUUAUUCUUUACUCGGACAACUGCGGUGGACAAAACCAUAAUCCAUCGAUUCCUAGAAACAGGUCACACACAAAACGAAGGGGACAGUAUGCACGCCGUCAUUGA